AUGGCUCCUACUGCUAUCAACCAAGCCUAUGGUACCGGCUAUAGCACCCCCUCGGAGCCUGCUCCUAUUCAUCCCACUGCCGCUCGUCGGACUGACCCCGUCAUCGUCGAGUCGGAAGUGACCUCCUAUUCCGAUUCGCAUAUUACCGCCAAGUACGAAUACAAGGGCGCUCAUGUCGUCAAAGAACAAGGUCGUAUCAGCGUCAAGCCUACUGUGUCUCGGUUCGAGUUCCAAACUGUGCGCAAGGUCCAGAAAACUGGCUUGAUGAUGGUCGGUCUGGGCGGAAACAACGGCACGACACUGGCCGCAACUGUUCUAGCCAAUCGUCACAACAUUACAUGGCGCACCAAGGAGGGAGUUAUGACACCCAAUUAUAUUGGUUCUCUCCUACGUGCCUCGACCAUGCGCCUCGGCACCGACCCGGAGACUGGUCGUGACUUCAAUAUCCCGGUCUCCGAUGUCUUGCCUAUGGUCCACCCCAACGAUCUCGUGAUUGGCGGGUGGGACAUUUCCUCCUACCCCCUUGAUGCCGCUAUGGAUCGUGCUCAAGUCCUUGACUGGGAUCUUCAGCGCCAGCUCAUUCCCAUGAUGGCUGAGAUUCGUCCUUUGCCUUCGAUCUACUACCCUGAUUUUAUCGCUGCCAAUCAGUCAGAGCGUGCUGAUAACGUCAUUUCUGGCAACGACAAGCAGGCUCACGUUGAGCACAUCCGUCGUGACAUUCGCGAGUUCAAGGCCAAGCACGAUCUCGAUCGCGUUGUCGUUUUUUGGACUGCCAACACCGAGCGUUAUAGCGCGGUCAUCCCUGGCGUAAACGACACUGCUGAUGCCCUUCUUAAAUCUAUCCGCGAGUCUCACUCGGAGGUCUCACCUAGCACUGUCUUCGCUGUUGCAUCUAUCCUCGAGGACGCCCCCUUCAUCAACGGAGCUCCUCAAAACACUUUUGUUCCCGGGUGCAUCGAACUCGCCGAGCGCCACAAGGCUUUCAUUGGUGGUGACGACCUCAAGAGCGGCCAGACCAAGAUCAAGUCGGUUCUCGCCGAAUACCUCGUCAAUGCUGGUAUCAAGCCCCUUUCGAUCGCUUCGUACAAUCACCUGGGUAACAAUGAUGGCCGCAAUCUCUCUCAAGAGGCUCAGUUCAAGAGCAAAGAAAUCAGCAAGAGCUCCGUGGUCGAUGACAUGGUCGAUGCCAACCGUCUCUUGUACCGUCCGGCCGAUGCUGCCAAGGGCGAGAAAAAGGGCGAGCACCCCGACCAUCUCGUUGUUAUCAAGUACGUUCCCGCAGUCGGCGACUCGAAGCGCGCCAUCGACGAGUACAACUCUGAGAUUAUGAUGGGUGGUCGUAACACUCUUGGCAUCUUCAACACUUGCGAAGACUCGCUCCUCGCCACUCCUCUUAUCCUUGACUUGACGAUUCUUGCCGAGCUCUUGACUCGCGUCAAGUAUCGCCGCAACUCGAACGACGAGUUCCUGCCCCUCUACUCGGUCUUGUCUCUACUUUCCUACAUGCUCAAGGCUCCUCUUGUCAAGCCCGGCACUGAGGUCGUCAACUCGCUCAACCGCCAGCGUCAGGCCCUCGAAUCGUUCUUGAAGGCUUGCUUGGGAUUGGCCAACGAGGGCGACUUGCUCCUUGAUACUCGAGUUUGGUAA